AUAAAUAGACAAUUUAAUACAACAUUUACAGGAAACCAAUGCAAUGAUAGGUUUCAACGUUUGUUAAUGAUGAAAUAUCGCAAUAAUAAAGGUGGUAAAAGCAUCUUUUAUAGAAGGUUGUAUUUUGACGAAUUUAGGACAUUCUUUUGGUUGCAGCCAGAUGAUUCAAAUGAUCACGAGCACAGAUUAAACAUGUCACAUAGAC